GCAAUAACAUUGCAAGAAUACGGGCUGAUAUCCGGAUAUCAUCAUCCGGAUACACAGAGUGGUGGAAAGCACUGGCGAGAAACCCAGACGCGGCAAACGAGGAAGGAUGGCACCAAAGCAACAAGCGUCCAAGAAGACCGUCCAGAAGGCCAAGGAAAAGGCCGUGGAGGACAAGACGUUCGGCCUGAAGAACAAGAACAAGAGUAAAAACGUACAGAACUACAUCAAGACGGUGGCGCACCAGGUCAAAGGCACGAGCGAGCGCGAGGAGCGCAAGAAGCUUGAUGAGAAGAAGGCGGCGUUGGCGGCCAAACAGGCCAUGGAGAAGCAAAUGAACGAUCUUUUCAUGUCUGCGAUUAUCCAGCCCAGGGUGCCCCUUGGCGUCGACCCCAAGACCAUCGUAUGCGAGUUCUUCAAACAAGCGACGUGUUCCAAGGGCAACCGAUGCAAAUUCUCCCACGAUCUCAUGGUGGGCAAGAAGGCGAUCAAGAUCAACCUGUACGAGGACGAUCGAAAAGAAGGUACCAACCAUAUCCCAUCGUCGCCAUGUCGUUCUUCACGUGCAUGUUCCUUUACAGACAAGAUCGAAGACUGGGAUCAAAAGAAACUCGAAGACGUGAUCACGGAAAAGCACGGCCAAAAGGUGGCCACGCAGACGGACAUUGUGUGCAAGUACUUUCUGGACGCGAUCGAAAAGUCCCAGUACGGGUGGUUCUGGAGCUGUCCGAACGGCGGCAAAGCGUGCAAGUACCGCCACGCGCUGCCGCCGGGAUUUGUAUUCCAGACCAAGGCCGAGCGGGACUUGGCCAAGGGCAAGAAGGUGGACGACGUCAGCAUCGAAGAGAUCAUCGAGCAGCAGCGCGCCAAACUCGGCGCCGGCGGCGGCACUCCCGUCACCGAGGCAUCGUUUGCCCAGUGGAAAGUGGAAAAACUCGCGCGCAAGGCUGCCGACGACGAGAAGCGCCGGAAAGAAGAGGCCAAGAAGACGGGCGGCCGCAGCAUUCUCAGUGGACGCGCGUUGUUCUCGUACGACCCGACGCUCUUCCGAGAUGAUGACGAUGCCGCCGAAGACGAGUACAACGUCCGAAACAGCGACGACGAAGAGGAUGAGGAUAAGCCCGCGUUUCGAGGAGGGGUCGACGCGGCCGCGGCCCACAUGGACAAGUCGUUGUACCUUCAAGACGAGGAUAACUUAGACGAACUCAUGGACGAAGAGUAGAGUGACAGAUGAAGCAUCAAGUAGGUGGAGGCGGCAGCAUGGAUCGAAAAGAUUUAAUGGGUUCAUGCAUGUGGUGUUGCAGUGGUCAAGAUAUACUACUAGUAAUAUUAGUGCCGGUGGUUGUUGGACUG